AUGAGACGAGCUGUUUCAAAGAUAUUACCAGCGAAAGAGGAAGAACCUUCAAGAUUAGAUGAUUUUUAUAUUCAACUAGAUAAUCCUCAUAAAGUUUGGUUACCUGGUGAUGAAGUUUCUGGUCUAAUUGUUUUAAUUUCAAAGAAAAAUUUACCAAAUAUUAUUAUAACAUUGCUGUUGAUUGGAUUUAUUAAGAUUAAUGCUAGUAGUCAUUCUAAAUUACGACCUUUGAAGCAUACAUUAUUUGAUCAUAAUAUUAAAAUUUAUGGUUCUGAAGACGAAGAUUCAAGUGGGUUAAAUAAAGGUGAACAUGUAUUUCCAUUUAUAGUAAAAUUGCCCAACAAGAGGGUGUUUACGUCAAUAGACUUUGGGAAAGGACUGAUAAAUUAUACUUUAAAAGCUGCUGUAGGUAAUGUAUCAAGUUAUGUGGUGGUAGAUAAUAUAAAGCAAUUACAAAAUAGUUUGGUAACUAGUGAAAAAGUGAUACAUUUAAUAAAUCCAAUAGAUGUAUCAUCCCUACCUCGACCUAAACCUAAAAGAUUAAUAUUAAAAGAUCCAAGACAUAAUAAACUAAUACGAACACAAUCAUCAACAAGUACAAUAAAUACAUUUGGAACUUUCUCAUCAGCAAAUUCCGAAAAUUCAGAAGAUGAACCAAGUAUAAAAGUUAUACUUGAAGUACCACAAAGGGGAUAUCUACGUGGAGAAUCAAUACCGAUUAAACUAUCUAUAAAUCAUUUAAAAAAAGUAACAGAUACAAAUGGAAUAAUAAUAACUUUUGUAAGAGUUUGUCGAUUAGAUAAUGGACCCGAUGGAGUAGUUGAAAGCUUUAGAAAAGAUUUACAACAACUGAUAUUACCAUUAUAUGUUGAUCCAAAAACUUUUUCGAGUGAAAUAAACUCAAGUAUACGAGUUCCUGCAGAUGCGUUUCCAACAAUUUCAGGAUGUCCAUUAGUUAGUUUUCAAUAUUUUAUAGAGGUACUUAUAAACUUAUCUGGAAAACCAGUUGUCUUUGAUGAACGAAAGGAGAAGGAAAAGUUUGUCAAUACUGAUAAGUUUAAACGGUCCAAAAAAUUUCUUCAAUUAACUACAGAAAUUUACAUUGGAACAAAUCGAUCUGAAGAAAUAAAUCUGAGAAGGUCUUCAAUUACAAAUUAUUCUGACAUUACUCCACCUUAUCAAGAAGCAUCAAACAAUUUACAAGAAUUAUCAGAAAAAGAGCGAAUGCAACAACAUGAAAAUAGUUUAUUACCAUCAGCUCCACCAGAUGAAGAUUCACCACCACCACAAGAAACUCCAGAAACCCCUAGACAAUUUUUAGAAGAAUUAUAUCAUGAACCAAGUGUACCAAAUUAUUUAACUGUUAAAAAUGAUAGAUUAAUAAUACCUAGAGAUAAUAUACAUUAA